AUUGCACAACAACAACACUAUUAUUCGUCUGCUAGUAAAAAACUAGCUCAAGUUUCAAUUGGAAACCAUGAAUCCGAAUCAAGAUUCAUUGCAAAGAAUCAAUUUUCUCUAUCAGGCUGCCCAUUGUAUGCUACUCCAGAACCCAGAAAACACCAGCCUAGCAAGAUUCUACAUCACAACCAUGAAGAAUGUCGCCAAGAAAUCCGUCUUGAGAAUACACCCCGGUAUCAAGAGAACCAUCUGCAAGCGAUGUGAUCUACUCUUAAUACCUGGCUUGACCUCAAAAGUCAGAAGUAGAGGUAAACGGCAGAAGCACCUUGUUGUGACAUGCAUAGAAUGUGGAGGAGUGAAACGCUUUGUCAGCAACAAAGACUACAAAUUAUGGGUGGACAGACCAGAAUGCACCCAAAAUCCAGUCAUAGCUCAACCAAUCUCAGAAAAGGACAAGCAGGAAGUACCUGGAUGAGAAUAACUUUAUACUGGAUGAUGUGAUACCUUAAUUGGACUUACCCACAGAGACUGAUAGACACCGUGUCAGCUUCUACAAUCAGGGUCUUGGGUCGGUUCAAGGUCUGGUCAUGGGUCAAGUCAAGGCUGGGGGAGGUCCUCCAACAACUUGAAAUAUAGACCUUUCCAGUGUUUAUAAACAAACUGAGCUGGUUGGCGUUGAUGGCUGAAUGUUAGUAGAACACUCAAUCUUGGUCACAGAUGUUUUACCCAAAUUCAAUAUUUUCUUAUUGAAAUACCUGCCCAUGAUUGGUUGCUUUGUUUCUAACAAAUUCAACACUGCGAAUAUUUGUCGAACAAAAAUUAGCCAUUUUUG